UAACACUAAGCCAUGCAGGUGGACAUUUCACACAUUCGCCAUCGUGUUCACACACAACUACUACAGAUAUCCAUAGUAUUCCUUUAGUUGUACUAUCUAUCUUUUCUGAAACCAUAACAAUAACCACAAUGAAUUUAACCCAGACCUGCCUUCUGAUAUCAUGCCUGGCUAUUUCAGUUUCAGCAAUGUUCUUUGAUUUGUCGCCGCAGAGGGAAAAGUGUAUAAUUGAGGAGGUUCCUGAGGACACCCUUGUGACAGGUUAUAUCUUACUAGAACACUGGGAUAGAAAGGAGGACCACUCUCCACACCUUGGAUUAACUAUCACUGUUAAAGACCCUAAUCUUGAGGUAUUGUUGAUGAAACGAUUAGGCAAAUAUGGAAAAUUCACCUUCACUUCCCAUUUCUCUGGGCAGCAUUUCCUCUGUGUGAAAUCAAACACUACAAGAUUCUCUGAAUUUGCAAACGAGCGUUUGAAAGUGCAUCUAGAUGUGCAGAUGGUAGAACACACCAUCGAUCCCAGUGCUGUCAAGACCAAAGACACCAUUGAAUCAGUGGAGUUCAAAAUACAGCACCUGAUAGGCCAGAUGCAGUUCAUCAGCAAGCAGCAAGACUUCGAGAGGGAACGUGAGGAAACAUUUCGCCAAAUGAGUGAAGAAACAAAUGGAAAUGUUUUGUGGUGGGCAAUAAUCCAGACCUCAAUACUACUCACCGUGGGAUUCUGGCAAAUGAGAAGCUUGAAGAACUUUUUCAUUGAAAAGAAAUUGGUCUAACAACUAUUAAGCUAGCUAAAUUAGUAGCUACCCAAGUUGAAAGCUAACAUAAGUAGUAAAUAUUAGCCAUCUGUCAUAUAAUGUUAGAUAACUAAAUAAGUGCUUCUUUUAAAUUUUGACUAACAAGUGUUUGUCUUAUUACGUUAAGUGAUGUUGUUCUCAACUAUGUUUUGGACUUCCUACCAGACCAAUAUAAACAGUAAAGUUUUAUUAUUGUGAUAUAGCAACCAACAAAUAGAAAUGUUUUAGGGGGAAAAAAAGAAAAUGAAAGAAAAAAAAACCCUUCCAAUUAUCUUUUAUUAAAUGUUAGCUUAGGUGUGCACCCCCCUUAACUAAUACUUUUUAAAAACAUCUUUUGCUUGCAAUGCAGCGCUCAGUAUUUUUUGGUUAAGAGUCUACCAACUUAGCACAUCUUGAUUUGGCAAUCUUGUUCCACUCUUCCUUGCAAAAUGCCCCAGAAAAAAACAAAAAAAAAAAAAAAAACUAUCUUGACUAGAGCCCUAGUCGCAGGUGAAGAGAAACAGCUGCAGAUGCUGCCACCACCAUGCUUCACCAUGGGUAUGCUGUUGUUUGAGUGAUAAGUUGUCUUGUUUUUGCAUCAAAUAUCUCUCUUGGAAUUAUGCCCAAAAAGUACCACCUUGGUCUCAUUAGACAAUAACACAUUUUGCCAUGUGGUUUGGGAUGACUUAGGCAGGCUUGGAUGUUUUUUAAACAGCACUGUCAUAUAACAAUCAUUCUUUAAAACCUUCUGCAAAUAACGAAGAACUCAGUCUGGCCUCAUUUUACAUAUACUGAAUAGCCAUGUGUCUGGGUAGACCAAGUCACUGACAUAAAUACAUUCAAAGAGAGGCACAGAGUUAAUGCUGAGAUUAUCACGACACAAAACCAAAUCCGACAACAUGACAACAUUAUCACAGCACAAAACCAACAACCCAACAUUACUGCAACUCGAAACUAAAUCUGACAACACAACAAUGCUAUCAUAACACAAAAUCAAAUCUGACAGCAACAUUAUUAUCACAACACACAUUCAAAUCCAAGAACACAUUCACAACACAUUAUCACAUUACAAACAGAAAUCUGACAACACAACAUUAUCACAACACAAGACACUAUCACAGCACAAAACCAGAUAGAAAAUAGAAAUACAAAUAGAAAUUUGACAACACAACAACAUUAUUCCAGCACAAAACCAAAUCCAACAACACAACCAAAGUAUCACAGCACAAAAACAAACCAACAAUUAUCUUGUGAGGAAACUGUUAUCUUGGUCUAAAUUUCGUGUUGUUUGUCAGACAUGGUUAUACAUUUUUGGAUUUUGUUUGGUGUUGUCUUGAGCCUUACUCGGUACGAUUCUAAGGGACCUGGCAACCCAGUCAUACACAUUCGCGCGCUUUGAUGGUCCAAAAUAUUUCACGCGCGUCGCUAAAUGUCGACUUAACUAGCCGCGUUAGCUGGAUUACUAAAGGGUACAUAUAGUAAUGGUCAAACUACAGCCUGGUUAAGUAGUUAAAACAUACAGAACACACAGAACAAACCAACGCCUGUGGCGAAAUAAAUAACUGGACACAUUAAUAAUCUAGUUUCUAACAGCAGGUGAACAGGUUCUCUUCAUUAAAAAAAAAAAACAGCUAG